AUGGCCGACGGCGAGCCUUCCCUCACCCGCUGGAGCUUCGAGGAUUUCGUGGUGUACUACGAGACGCGCCUCGGCAUCCGGCGCGAGGCCACCGGCGAUGAUGGCGACGACCGCGACGAGGGCCCAACGCCGCGCGGCGGAUCCGACCAUGCGGCCAGCCACCGCCCCGCCGCUGCCCGCGCCAACGGCGGCGCGGACCUCGCCGUCUUCGAGCAGUUCGAGCGGAUGGAGAGGAAGGUGGAGAUACGCAAUGGGGCUAUAGAGGAUGGUCCACCGCAGAAACCUCUACUUCCUUCAUUUGAAUCUGCAGAAACGCGCAACUUAGCUGAGUCAUUGUUGAGGGAUAUAAUUCGUGGGAGUCCAGAUGUUAAAUGGGAAAGCAUAAAAGGUCUGGAGAAUGCAAAGCGUCUUCUCAAAGAAGCAGUUGUCAUGCCCAUUAAAUAUCCCAAAUACUUCACUGGUCUAUUAUCACCUUGGAAAGGCAUAUUACUAUUUGGUCCACCUGGAACAGGAAAGACAAUGCUAGCCAAAGCUGUGGCUACCGAGUGCAAAACGACCUUUUUCAAUAUUUCUGCCUCAUCAAUUGUGAGCAAGUGGCGUGGUGACUCGGAGAAACUAGUGAAAGUGUUAUUCGAGCUUGCAAGGCAUCAUGCACCAUCUACCAUUUUCCUUGACGAGAUUGAUGCUAUCAUUAGUCAACGUGGUGAAGCUCGUAGUGAACAUGAAGCUAGCCGGCGAUUGAAAACUGAGCUAUUAAUACAGAUGGAUGGGUUGACUAAGACAGAUGAGCUUGUUUUUGUUCUAGCAGCAACAAAUUUACCAUGGGAGUUGGAUGCAGCAAUGCUGCGUCGGCUGGAGAAGCGUAUUCUUGUUCCAUUGCCAGAGCCAGAUGCUAGACACGCUAUCUUUGAAGAGCUCCUGCCAUCUACACCUGGCACAAUGGAGAUUCCCUAUGAUGUUCUUGUGGAAAAAACUGAAGGAUAUUCUGGCUCUGAUAUUCGCCUUGUAUGCAAGGAAGCAGCAAUGCAGCCCCUAAGACGGUUAAUGUCAGUUCUUGAACGCGGGCAAGAAGAGGUCCCUGAGGAUGAGUUGCCUGAAGUUGGUCCAGUAACUACAGAAGAUAUUGAACUUGCUUUGAGGAAUACAAGACCGUCUGCUCAUCUUCAUGCACAUAGAUAUGAAAAGUUCAACCAAGAUUAUGGCAGUCAUGUCCAUGUCUAA